UAUAAUAUUAUCCGCUCGCCACCAAAAAUAUGACUCCACAGGACCAAAAGAGUGUAACCAACGCCGCCGGCGGCAGAGAAGUGGUGAGAGAAGUGCGCUACAGAGGGGUAAGGAAGAGACCAUGGGGAAAAUACGCAGCCGAGAUCCGUAAUCCGAUAAGUAAGAACCGGAUGUGGCUCGGGACGUUUAAGACGGCGGAAGAUGCAGCCAGAGCUUACGACUCCGCCGCAAGAGAGUUUCGUGGCUCCAAGGCAAUAACCAACUUCUCUCUCCCCGGAUACGGCGGGGGUGCUUUGGUGACGCCAGUGAACAACAGCUCCCUUUCCUUAACGGUGCCUGAGAGGACAAUUCCACCUGGUGCUCGGGACGUCGAGAUAACCUUUUCCUUAUCGGAGCAUGCCGGCGCUCAGGACGUCUUGUCUCCGGCUGUAGCGGAAGCAGUUGCUGGAUUUUACCUAGAUCAGCCGGAGGCUAUUGAGUUGAGAGAUGAGCUGGAUCGAGUUUAUCCACUCGGAUUUGAACCAAAUGAUAUGGGGUUGAGUAUUGGUCUUGAAACCCCCGUGGAAGUUGAGCCAGAGUCUUCAUCAGCCGUGGAAGUCGAGCCAGAGUCUUACUCAGCCGUGGAUGGUAACCUGAAUCUAGACCUUAACUUAGGUGCCUAAAUGUCAAUUCGAUAUUAACAAAUUAUCCUUUUUUCAGUUGUUUUCUUGGCGAACUUUGUACUGUUGAUUAUUGUAUGGCUCUUCUUUUUUGUCUGUACUUUUUAUUGGGUAGAUAUUCAUUGUCUAUUGGUCUGUUAAACUUUAAAGAUGAAAUGUAGAAGCGAGAAUAAGUAUUGGUUUUAUCAUUUGCCCCUUU